AACAUUUAUCUUCCAGGCAGGACGAGGAUGGCGGUCGAUUUGAUCUUGGUUUUGUGUAACGACAACCGAGAAAUGUGCGAAAACUAGCCGAAAUGGACCCGAUCUCAGAACAAAAGUUUGAUGAACUGUACAGACAGUGUGAGAGUCUCAGCCAGCAUAAGCACAACCUGCAAUCAUUAAAACUGAAGGUGAAGAAACUCAAGAAGGCGGGCAAACUAAAGCUGAAACAUUUGCCGAGGUCAUUGACCUCCCCUGACCAGGACUGGUUAUCAUCAGGACUGUCCACAGAUGCAAGUCCCAGUGUUUGUGAUGACUUCGAACCCAAGGUUGAUGAUAGGGAAAUUAGGGAUGGUACAAAAAUCCCUCGCCAGGAACAAGAGGAGUUUUGCAUACAGCAGAGUACAGUGGCCAGUGAGGAAGAAACUGAGGAAGAGACUGAAGAAGUGACAUUGUUGGAUGAAGAUGUCAUUGAUGAUACCCGCACAUGCAGAGUGACCCUGUCAUGUACUCACAGACAUGGGCAGCAAACACUACUCUCCAAAACAAACAGGACCCUAAGGAGAAGACAAAAAGAACCACUAGAACAGUUGCCUAAGUCGGCAAACGUUCUGAAUGACCGGGAUAAGGUCCUACCACUGUUCUGUGACCCAGCUGAACACUUUGGAGGUGUAUGGCAGUCCAUUGUUGUAGAAAAAGACGAAGGCCCAAAUUGAUGGUAUGGUAGCGUAGACAACAGGAUCUGUUGUUGGAUGGAGCCUGUUGUACCCCUACCAUUGGACCCAUCUGCCUUGGAUAGUUUGGCUGUGUCAGCAAAGGACUAUGCGAUUCUGCGUGGCCUGGCAUAUCUGACAGUUGAUCGAGAAGAUGUCCCUGACCUUGUCAGCUUUGCGCCAUUCACACUUCUACCAUCACCUGUACCAAGAGCCCUGUUUGACCAAGCAAGAGCAGUGCAGCAGGACUUCAACCUACUGGUCCACAGGGUCAGCCAUGACAGGGAGUUUCUGACCAGAUGUCUCAGCAGUGUUGUAAAGGUGGACAACUUCACAGCAGGUCUGUUUCACAUCUAUGAACAGGUGAUGGAGGAAGGUGUGACUCAGCCUAUCUGCCUUGGAAUCCACAGAUCAGACUACCUGUUGGAAACUACUGGUACCAACAGUACCAAUAAUGCUGUCCUACGAACAGAAGGAAUGACUGCCAGCAGACAGCUCCAGCUGAAGCAGACAGAGAUCAACACUAUGGCUGCUGGAGGAGCCGGCUACGGUGAAAAGAUAGCCUCUGUGCACAAACUUGUGCUGAAUCUUCUGGGUGUGGUUGAUGCCAGCAAGCAUAUUCCAGAGAAUAGGGCUUUGGAAUCAAAUGUAGACGGCUUUGUGGCAGCAUGGGAGCUGUAUGGAUCACACAAGGCCAUCAUAGUGUUUGUGAUAGAGGAGGAAAGAACUAAAAAUGUCUAUGAGCAGAGACUGUCAGAAUUUACAGUGAUGGAAAGACACCCCGGUAUAACAGCGAAAAGGUACAACAUGAGACAGAUCGCAGAGCAUGCAGAGCUGACACCUGACAAGACACUUUUCAUACAUGGAUCCGAAGUUGCUGUUGUCUACUUUAGAACCGGAUAUUUACCUGACCACUAUCCAACUGAAAAGGAAUGGCAUGCCCGUAUGAUGAUUGAGAGGUCCAGGGCGAUCAAGUGCCCGUGUAUAUCCUACCACCUCGCUGGAACCAAGAAAGUCCAGCAGGAGUUAGCCCAGCCAGGUGUGCUGGAAAAGUUCCUGGACGAUCCAAUGGCUGUGAGCAGGGUUAGGGCAACCUUUACUGGACAAUACACACUUGAAAUGGGUUUGGAAGGAGAUCGGACAGUUCAGAUGGCCAUAAAAAGUCCUGAAGAUUACGUCAUGAAGCCGCAAAGAGAAGGGGGUGGUCACAACACAUAUGGAGAGGACAUCAGGACCAUGCUGAGGAAACUGAAGGACUCUGAAGAGAGAGCAGCCUACAUCAUCAUGGACCUCAUCCGCCCUGCUGUGGUACAAAACUACUUCAUCAAGCCAGGAGAGAGGCCCAACCUGCUGGGCACUUGCUGCGAGCUGGGCAUUCUUGGAGUCUUCAUGGCUGAAGGGGACCGAGUGUUUCACAAUAAGCAGAGUGGACACUACAUGAGGACAAACGAUUCAAGAACUGACGGAGGAAUCACUGUUGGAAAUGCUGUCCGGGACAGCCCUUAUCUGGUGUGAUAGACCCUUGUUCCCUUACCUAACAUCAACAAUGAUCCUAUCUACUCAUUUAAUCAUCUACUGGAUCACUAAAAUGUGGGAGGGCAAAACAGGUGUAUUAAAUUAGUAUCAGUACUUGUAUUUCUUGUGCAUGUAUUUUGACUUAUCAUGCUGCACACGUUUGAACCUAAUAUCUAGAAAGAUUAAUGAAAAACAAAUUUUGUGGAAGCAUUUUAGGAGAAAUUUAAUGGUGGCAUCACAUACUUAUACAAACAUUGCAUAUACUAAACAUUGCACAGGUGAAAUCAGCAAAGAUCCAAAGAAGUGCAGCUCUAAUGGUCAUACUUCUUUGCACUGUUUGGUCCCUUUUCAUAAGUACAUACUGCACAGUGACCAGGUUUCUCCACUUGUGAUAAGUGAGCAUCAGUUAGAAUAUUGAGCACUGUGUCCCCAGUAUACAAUGUACAUCUACUUGACUACUUAACUAAUAACAAGCCACGGCUGUUUAUACAUACGUUAUAUUUGUAGUAAAAUAAAUUCAUCUUUUAGUAAUUAUUUCUCUUGAAUUUGAAAAUUUGUGUAAGAAUAGAAUUCUAUUUUCAGGAUCGAUAUCUUGUCUGUCAACCCUUCAAAUUUGAAAGUACAGUGACAAUCAUGUCCUAUUCAAUACAAUCUCUGGAGCCAGUA